GAACGUCUUUGCCAUGCCACCACAUCCACACCACCCUUUCACAAUGGCAACCACGCGCGCUCUUGCUCGUCUGGCUACGAGGCGGACAGCCGUUCGGCCCGCCGUCUUCACACGCAGCUUUGCCUCAGUCGACCCCAUCUCCAAGGCUGCCGAAGCUACAGUGCCGGACCCGGCUCGCAAGGCCAUCCCGAAAUCUAGGACGUCAACGGUCAAAGACCCGGAGCCCGCAAAGGCGGCCAAGAUCAAGACUUUCCACAUCUACCGCUGGAAUCCCGAUGAGCCGACCUCGAAGCCGCGGAUGCAGACCUACACACUAGACCUGAACAAGACCGGGCCCAUGAUGUUGGACGCACUGAUUCGAAUCAAGAAUGAGACAGACCCGACUCUGACCUUCCGGAGGAGCUGUCGUGAGGGUAUUUGUGGUAGCUGUGCUAUGAACAUCGACGGUGUUAAUACGUUGGCUUGUCUUUGCCGUAUCCCCACCGACACCGCCAAGGAAUCUCGCAUCUACCCCCUCCCACACAUGUUCAUCGUUAAGGACUUGGUACCGGAUAUGACGCUCUUCUACAAGCAAUACCGCUCCAUCAAACCAUACCUCCAGCGUGCUACUCCACCUCCAGACGGCCGCGAAUACCGCCAAUCCAUAGCCGAGCGCAAAAAGCUCGAUGGUUUAUACGAAUGCAUCCUCUGCGCCUGCUGCUCCACCUCCUGCCCGUCCUACUGGUGGAACCAAGAGGAAUACCUUGGCCCCGCCGUUCUCCUCCAAUCCUACCGCUGGAUCGCUGACUCCCGAGACGAGAAGAAGGCCGAACGCCAGGAUGCUUUGAAUAAUAGUAUGAGUGUGUAUCGUUGCCAUACUAUCCUGAAUUGCUCGCGGACGUGUCCGAAGGGCCUGAAUCCGGCGUUGGCAAUUGCAGAGAUAAAGAAGAGUAUGUCUUUUAUGUGAAUGGGAUGGCGGUGGUUGAUCGUUAGGAGAAAGGGAUGAAACUGGGGGCUUUUAGGAGGUUGGGAUGUUAGUUGGUGGUUGGCAAUGGGUCUGGACUGAAUUGGACCGGGGAGAGCCUUUCAUUGUAUGUACAUGAAUGUGUGAGAGAAUUUCGUGGCUUCCUACUUUCCCUUGAUGGAUGUGUCCAUGAAAGUGAGUCGUGCGUGCAGAAUGCUAAAAUUUCGAUAUAUG